UGGAGCAGAAGCAGCUUCCACCAGAGUAAAAGGAUGAUAAUGAAGAUGCUGCACUCAACUGCAAUGAUGCGUCUCUUCAUCCUCCUCAUCCUCGCUGUUCACACAGCUGCAGCGAUCACUAUGAGUUUAUAUCCAAACUCUGUUGAUGAAGAAUUUGAAUUUGAGGACUGCAAAAAAGAAAUGUAUCGUCGCAUUACUAACCAUUCACUGAAUGAAGAGCUGAACAACAACGCAAAGUUCAAGAAAGCUUGGGAUGAAGCCAAAAAAGAUCUAAUUCUAGGAAGAAAAGAGAACUCUAAUUUAACACAGGAUGAAUUGAGAAAGAUAGCCCUUCGAGUGUACACCGGAACUGAUGUUUACCGUGAGCUUAAUGAUAAAAUGCGUGAGGGUAGAGGGACCUACAAGACCGGGUUUGGGUUGAUCUCUCUACACUUUCUGAUAACAGAUGGAAUCCAAACUCGCAACGCUGAACAACAUCUUCAGCGCGAUUGCCGGACCACUUACCGUCGCACCAACAUUACAAUAGAGAUAACAGACCCCUUUGUGCGAUUUGGUAGUUUCGCUUCUUCUUCAGUCAAGACUACACUGACACACUUUGGAAACGAGACCUGUUUUAUCAUCACUACAUGCUACGGUGCAGACAUAUCAAUGAAAUCAAAGUAUGACCAGGAGGUUGAAGUGCUGAUACCCCCUUAUGAAGUGUUCAUAAAUGAAACUGUCACUGCCAACAAGGCACCAAAUUGUACACGUGUUUACCAACUGCGCAGUGUGGGUAAGAUUAGCACCAUGAAAUGAGAACUGGUUGAAAAGCCAAAGGAUGAAUUGGAUCUGUGAGUAUGUGAUGAUUUAUGUCCUGAAACAAUCACACGAUAUGUAGAUGUGAGAGAUGAAGGCUUAUACAGACCAGCACACAGGAUGAGAUGGAAUUCUUGCUCCUUUCUGGACUCUCAUGUGUAACUUCUACAAAAAUGAAUAAAAGACUGCAGCAUGACUGA